AACAAUUGUACAUAAAUAAUAUUUAGGUGUGAAACACUAAAAGUACGAAAUGAACUGGGUACGAAUAUGGAAUAUGUGGUUAUACUUGGUUAUUAUCCUAUAUCACUUAUCAUCAUGGAAGCAUCCAUAAUAUACUGGAAGAGGUGUCAAAACAGGAAUAAAGAAAAAAAGAGGAAUAAAGGUGAUUUUGGAGAAACUGUGUCUGCAGAUGAGGGCAAAAGACGAGAAGUAUCAUUGUCUUCUGGCUACAGAUUCUUUUUUUCAAUUUUAGAGGCUCAGCAUUUUGAGAUGUCGGAGAUCAUUGAACCAUCUUGUGAAGAAAUUGAAAGGCCUUUGUUUCCUCAGCUUAUAGUAGUUGAUAAGGUGAAAAGAAGUAUUAAAGGCAGUCUCUCAAAAUAAGAAACAUUGCUGUACAUACUGUGAGAAGUUAUAUCCAAACAUUGCAAGACAUUUAAGUCUGAAACACAAAAACGAGAUAGCAGUAGGAAAAAUCCUUGGCGGCACCAGAAGUCAUGUAAUCGAAAGAAUCAUCGACAGGUUAUGAAACAAGACCUAUAGCUGGUGGAAAAAAAUUGUUACCUGUAACAUGCAGUAAUCAAACUUUUCAUCACAACAUAAUUCCUAACAUAAAAGAAGAUGAAGUUAAAUUAGCAAUCCUUUCAGAUCAGACUUUCUUGCAUCUCAGACAGGAUUAUCUACUGCUUACACCGGUGCUAGAAAACUCUGUCUUAACCCAACAAGUCACGUGCUUUAAAUGACGUCAUUGACGCGCGCCUUUUAUGAAUGAAUCGCGUUCUUAGGAUGACGUCAUUUUUCUGUUAUGAAUGAAGUUGUAUGUUCAUACAAUACUAUAAGAAAAAAGUGCGUAAUGAUAAUAUCAGUUUUCAUUAUUUCUGUUCCGAAAAUAAUUGACAUGUUAUAUGCAAGAAAAAGAAUCAAACACCACGGGAAUAUCUAGCUCUCGGGUAACUGUUUAGCGGAAACUCGGCAGAGCCUCGUUACCGCUGUAAACAGUUACUCUCGAGCUAGAUAUUCCGGUCUGUACCGGCAGCCGGUGUAAGAUUCUUAUAAUACAAGACUUUGGACUCAACAUGUACAAUGAUCAAGGGCACCGAAAGCACAAACAUGUAUAUAUAUCACAGAAAAUGAGGGAAUUAGGCAGAUUGCAGAUUACAGGAAAGAAAAUAUCUUAAUGUCAAUAGAAGACUGCAUGAAGAAAGAAAACUGGGACCUCUUUAUUUUGUCAGUAAAAGAAGUGUCUGAAUUCAAUCCUGAAACUAAAAACUUUGGUAUUCCAUCAUCAGCCCUAAAGCUAGGACAUUCAUUGAAAACUUGUGCUGAAGACAUGUAUUUUAAGGCAUUGAAAGUUGGAGAUACAGUCAAACAAGAAGUUGCUAAGACCUUCUUAGAGAUGUACAAGCUUCGCUGGAAUAAAAUGAUUUCUGGAAAGGCUUUGACAACCUUGGAUACAAUUAAAUACAAUCGUCCAAAGUUCCUGCCACUUGUGGAAGACGUUGCCAAGUUAAAUAACUAUAUUAAUGAAAAGUGUAAGUGUGCUUUGUCAGAGUCUCAAACUUCUGAUGUAUACCGUGAAUUCUGUCAAUUGUGUCUAGCUCAAAUUAUUGUAUUCAAUAGAAAGCGUAGUGGUGAAGCGCACGACUUACACUAUACCCCCGUUCCCCCUCUACAACCCAAAACCCUUAAAACAUCAUCCAAA